AUGCCCUGGGAGACAGCAAAGCUGAAGGUGGUAGGCCCCACCCCUUCCUUUCGAGGCCCCGCCCACAAGCCUGCACCGCCCUCUGCUCUGCAGGACCUGCACACUCCUGAUGUCAUUAUUGGAGCUGACACCCACUCCUUCUGGCCCUGCCCGCCCUGCCCCUCACUGACCCGGCCCCUUGGCGUCUGGCUCCGCCCACUGCAGGCCGUGGAUGGCGUCAUCCUGGAGAAGCCAAAGGACAAGGAUGAUGCCUACAGGAUGCUGCGCAGGCUGAGUGGCCAGCAGCACAGUGUCAUCACCAGUGUGGCCAUCUUGAGGCCACUGUGGCGGAGGCAGCUUCAGGAGCCAAGUUCCACAUGCCCAGAGGUCCCAGAGGCGGAAGGGGACCUAGAAGCAGAAGUGGAAUUGUCACUGUUCCACGAAGAGACCCGUGUGACAUUCUUGCGGCUAUCAGAACCACUGCUGUGCGAAUAUGUGGAGAGCGGGGAGCCUCUGGACAAGGCUGGCGCCUACGGGCUUCAGGGCGCGGCGGUGCCCUAG